ACCAUAGAGACGGAACUGUCCAAGCAGCACAAAGCUACCAGGUCAGUUAGCUAGAGCUAGCCAUACCUGUGUGGAGCCUUACAACUUUACACACACCAUGUCCAUAUUGAGUUGACAGAUAUCUUUCCCCAGGAACAUCAAGCCAUUUGACACAACGUUGGGACCAUGUCUCAGUUUACCGCUGAGGACGAGGCUGAGCUCCAGUCGCUGCUGAGACGGCUGCUGAAGAGUGUUAAGGACAGGAUCUCAGGUGCACCUUCCAUAGAGUGCGCUGAGGAGAUCCUGCUACACCUGGAGGAGACGGACAAGAACUUCCACAAUUAUGAGUUUGUGAAGUACCUGCGUCAGUAUGUGGAGAGCUCCGUGGGGCCAGUGGUGGAGGAGGAGACGGAUAGCGGUGCCCGAGGAGAGGCCCACGCUGUGGGGCCAGGUCAGGACACCCUGGUACACGUCGUCACCAGGAAGACCAGGGAGUCUGCAGAGUACCACCAGAUGAUGCAGACCCUGAAGAACACCAUGAUGGUGGUGGUGGAGUCUCUGAUCAACAGGUUUGAGGAGGACCAGCUGAGGAAGGAGGAGAUGCACAGAGAGAGCCAGACAGAGCAGUCCAAUAGUCACUACGACAACUGCUCCGACAGUGACUCUUCCUUCAACCAGAGUUAUGCUUUCAUCAAACAAGAGCAGCUGCAAGUUCUCGCAGAAAAACUGGACCCAAGCCGACCUAAAGAGGUGCGCUGGGAGGCCCUGCAGACCCUGUGCUGCGCUCCCCCAUCAGACGUGCUAAGCUGUGAGAGCUGGAGUGGACUUCGUAGAACCCUCUCUGCUGCCCUGGCUGACCCUGACCCUGACCUCAGCGACAAGGUCCUGCGAUUCUUCGCUAAAACCUUCUCCUCCUCUCCUCUGAACGUAACCAGAGAGAUCUACACCAGUCUAGCGAAGAGCCUAGAGUCUGACUUCCUUGACCACAAGCUGAGACUUCCUUCUGGUUCAGCUGGUCUGGACGUCAACAGGCCAGACAUCACCAGGCUCCUCAAACAGAUGCGUCUGAUGAACGACUUUCAAAAGGAAGUAUCAGCCUUCUGGAUCCGCCACCCUGAAAAAUACAUGGAGGAGAUCAUAGAGAGCACCUUCUCCCUCCUGACCCUCCACCAGCACCCCGGGCUGGGCCCCCAGGCCACAGACAAGGCCCUGGAGCCCACCCACCUGCUGGCCCUCCUGGACAUCAAGGCCUCCUGGUUCAAGAAGUGGAUGCAUGGUUACUACAGCAGGACUGUUGUCUUCAGACUUCUGGAUAGGAAGUACAAGUCUCUGACAGUGGCUGCUGUGCAGCAGUGCAUCUGCUACUACGAGGCCUGUGACCAGGCCAGAGAGGAGACCACAGAGAUACUCCACAGCCUGGAGAGACAGCACAUCAACCCCCCCCAGAGGAGUCUGUACACCAGGAGAGAGUUGGAGUAUGCAUACUUCGUCCACUCUCUGUGUGUUCUCGGAAGGCUCCUCAUGUACACCAACGGCAGGAAGCUUUUCCCCAUCAAAGUCAGGAGGCGGAAAGAGCCUGUCACCCUGGCCGACCUGGUGGUCAUCCUGAUAAGAAUACUGUACCAGCACCCUAGGCCAUACCUGGGACACUCCUCACACACAGCCUCCCUGUCUCCCACCUGCCUGGUCAGGGAGGUGCUGGGCACCGUGUGUGACAGCACAGAGUCUGUGGUGGAGGGUCUGUUUCAGACCCCGGUCCUCCUCACCCUGAUGGACCCCAUCGUCACCCUGCUCAAGGGCCAGCAGGCCAAAUUAAACUGCCCGGCGACAACGUUGACUCACAUAGCAGACACUCUGGCCAGGAUGGCCAGCACACAGGGGGGGCUGUCUCUGUUCCUGCAUGAGAGGAGUCUGGAGGUGACAGAGGGCCAGGGUAUCCCAGCUGCCCACGCCAUCGUCCAGUUCACCCAGAGGCUCCUGGGUAAAGAGUUCUCCUGGCUGGGCGAGGGGGAGGCGUGGCACGGCGUCUGCGGGGCCUUCAUGUUGGUGUGUCGUCAGAUGUACAACACCUGCGAGGGGCUGCAGGAGCUCCGCCCCUACGCCCUGCAGGACGUCCUGGCCAGCGCCUGGAAACAGACCAGCUCCCAGUCAGAGAGCAUCUCCACUCCCACUCCUGGAGCAGAAGCUGGAAACGCCUCCCAGGAACUACCCAACCACAGCCUUGUGUGGGAGGAGACUCUUCUGGACAACCUGCUGAACUUUGCUGCCACCCCUAGAGGAGUGCUCCUCCUGCAGCAGACAGGAGCCCUGGGCGAGUGUGUCUCGUACAUGUUCUCACGCUUCACCAAGAAACUCCAGGUGAGCUGCUGUGAGAAGUUUGGCUAUGGCGUGAUGGUGACCCAGGUGGCAGCUACUGCCCCAGGUGUGAGGGCCCUACACAGCUCAGGGUUCGUGCAGGCCCUGGUGGUGGAGAUGUGGUCCGUGCUGGAGUGUGGCAGGGAGGACGUACGGAUGGUCCAGCCCAGGUCCACCCCUAUGGACCCUGUGGACAGGAGCUGCCUCAAGUCCCUGGUGUCCCUGGUGAACCUGCUGUGCUCCGGCCAUGCUGUGUGGGAGCUCCUUUGGAAGCAGCCCCUCCCAAACGUGCCUGACUACAGCCUCAGAGAGAUACCCACCUCCAUACCCGACCUAAUUGAUCGCCUGAUCGCUGUGAAUUCAGACGCGAAAAUUCAUUCCCUAUUCAACUACGAACAAUCGCAUGCCUUCGGCCUCAGGUACAAUCAAUUCCCCCCCCCCCCUCUCUCUUUUACUCUGUUUCUGCGGCCUCUCUCUCACACCAGAAGGUUCCACCAGCCUCUCUCCUAAACGAGAGGUCAGGUGCAGUAAAGGGCAACGUCGCUGCAUUUGUUGUGUGGUUUACCAUCCUAUUAUCCCGCCGCCCACCCUCCACCCCUUCACCCAGUUGAUCAAUACCUGGUUGACUGGGGUCUUUGUACUCUGAUUACCCUGCAUUUACUAGAGGAUGGAAGGAUUCCACUCCACCGUGGGGAGAGAUGAGCGGGGAGAGAGGAGGGAGGCAGGAGCGAGGAGGGGGUAGAGG